AUGGAAGAUGAUAACGAUGAACUUAGUGCACUUGAAGACGAUCCUAAACCAGUAAAAAAGAAAAGAUCUACACAAUCCAAAUCAUCUACUCCAAAUAAAAAGAAAGAUGAUAGUGUGAUGAACUUAAAGACGAUCCUAAACCAUCAACGAAGAAAAAGCUCUAGACAAUCCAAAUCAUCUCAUACAAAGAGAAAGAAUGAUGAAGAUAUCAUUGGUGCUGAUGAACUUGAAGACGAUUCUAAAUCAUUAAUAAAGAAAGGUGAUGAACUUAGUGAUCCUAAGCCACUGACAAAGAAAAGAUCUAGAGAAACCAAAUCAUCUAUUCCAAAGAAAAAGAAUGAUAUUAUUGAUAGUGGUGAACUCAGUGGACUCAAAGACGAUCCUAAACCAUCAAUGGAAAAAAGAUCUCAAAAAAUGAUGAUAAAUCCAGAAUUGGCAGGAUGUGAAGAUACAAAAAGUCAAAUUCGUGAAUUAAAAGAAAUUCUCGUGGAAUUGGGAUGGAAGAAUCGUCGUGAUCUAGAAGCAGAAUUGAAAUCAAUGGAUAUUGAUAACAUUAUUACUAAUAACGUUAAAGAAUCAAGAAAAACACGAGCAUAUAUUGGAAUAUUUAAUCCUACUGGUUAA